UGAUUUUUUCUUUCUUAGCAGCAGAUUCAAACCACGUCUCUCAUUGUAUUCUAAUUCUCCAAAUUUCCAUCACAAGAGCUGGGAAGAAAAAAAAGCCGCUUAUCAGAUAAGGCUUGCCCCUCCCCCGCCUCAGCUUCGAGCAAACCCACCUUUUCCUAACAAUAGCUUCCAGGUUGUUAGUAGAGUUGUAUUCACGGCUUCCUUUGCUGCUCCCGCCUGGACAAUAGUAACUGAAGACUGUCAAUUGCCCUCUUAUUCUAAAAAGCCACCAAAUGAGAUGAUGCCGCUUACUUAACCACUUCCUCUUCUUCUCAAUUGGAAAGACAGAGCUGGCUGCCAACUCCUCCCUUGUCUCAAUUCCUCAACUCGUCGUAUAAACUACUGUCACCUCACCACGGCUUGGUCUUGGCAUAGCAGAAUUGGAAUUUCAAGCUUCUAUACUGAAAUUUCUAUACCAAACAUUAACGCAAUGCCUACGCCAAUUGAUCUUGGACAGUCCACCAGACUCAACUGCGAAGUUGCAGUCUUCAGCGGUGCUUCCGGCCUCGAGGCUCAGGACUUGGGCGCCAGACGCAUCGAACUCAAUGCACCAGGCUCGUACGAAGCAGGUGGCCUUACACCCCCCGUCAAGGAGCUGACCUCGAUUGCCUCGCAGCUUGAAAUUGCCGUCCGCAUCAUGAUCCGUCCCCGCGGUCCUCCUCGCGCUGUCGUCUCGCGUGGUGGGGGAGAGGACCAACAAAUGGCGGGCCAGCAAGAGGACCAGGAGCUUCAAGAUUUCAUUUAUACCGACGAUGAAAUUUCUCUCAUGUUGCAGGCAAUUGCCGAUUUCAAAGCCACUGGGGUCAUGAACCCCAUCCGUGGCGAUGGUUUCGUCUUUGGGAUACUUAGACGCCAGACUAAGCCUUCGACUCUCGCCAAAUACCCGGAUCUCAAGUACACCAUUGAUGAAGAGCGCUGCAAGAUGCUCGUCGACGCUGCUCGGCCUUUCCCAUGUGUUUUCCACCGCGCCUUCGACCCCAUUGCUGCAAGUGAGCGCUGGGCCAAGGGCAUCGAUACCCUCGUUGAAUGCGGCUUCGAUGGUGUCCUUACCUCUGGCGGCAUCGGCAACUGCUCUCAACAUCUUGAGAAGAUUGACGCAAUCUGUCACCGCGCCGCUCCCAACAGCCUUCAGGUCGUCGCCGGGGGUGGAGUUCGGCGGAACAAUGUGAGAGAGACGGUUGCGCGUCUAUCUGUCCACGGCACUAAGAAUGUGUGGGUUCAUACCGCCUCGCUAACCGACAAGGUCGACAACGACGGCCGCAGGCUCGAGGAGCUGGAUGGGCGCGAGCUCAAGACAAUUGUAUCCGCGAUCAAUACCACCAAGCCAAGCUAGAAGUCCCCGGCCGAACAUUGGCGCGUGCACUAUGCCCAUCUUUAUCAGUAAGCCGCAAACAGUCACCAUUUGUACAGAAUCUCAACUCAGUCCUCUUUGUGAAUUUCAGCAUGAUCUAUUACAUUUGUCUUCUCGCUAUUAUAUCCAUUUCGCUCUCAUACUCAACUUGGCUUAUCCCGUUUCUUUCUUCUUCUCUUCUUUUACAUUAGAGAGUGAUAUAACGACUUGAAUCUGUUUCUCUUUUUUUUUUUUUUCAUUCAGCAACAGAGUUACACAAGUUUUCACUUAUACCAAAAGAAUGGCACAUUUCCAGAAUUAAAUUUCACGGGCUUCAAAGCAAAGAAUACAAGAAAAGAAAAAAGAUUGUGCCCGUCUAUACGAAUAGAUACUUAAAUCAAUUAUUUCAACAAUAUAAAGGAG